CGCGAACGUGUGUGUGCGGUGUUAUGCCGGACGCGAGGGAGGCGACCGCGACGGCCCCUCUGUUUAUUGUCCCUCUCGGCGCGCGGAUGUGAGCGCGUCGGGGCUGCGGCGCGGCCGACGAAGCGGCCUGUGAGGCAGCGGCAGCGGCAGCUACGACGGCGACUUGGGCUCCCCGCGGGGCCGGCCUCCGCCGAGCGUGAGGAAGGACAAGGCGCCUCCGCGUCCCGGCCGCCCCCGGCCGCCCGGGGCUCCCCGGCCGCGCUCCCCGCCCGCGCCCCCGGGCCUCGGCCCCUCAGCCUGCGGCGCCCGCGGGCGAGAGGAAGCCCCGCCGCGCCCCGCCGCCGCCCGCUGCGCGCUCGCGCCGCCUCGCGCUUCCUCCUCCGCCGCUUCUUCCUCAGCGGCCGCGCUAGGCCCGGGCGACGCGGCCGCCGCGCCUCGAGUUUGAGGGCGCCGGGCGGCGCGGCCUCCUCGGCGGGCUCGGCCGGGCGUCCGCCCCGGGUCUCGGCGAUGGGGCGCGGGGGACGGCGCCGCUAGGAGCUCGGAGAGCGGAGCGGUCGGCGCGGAGCGGCGGGACCCCACGGCCCGCGGGCGGCGGGAGCGGCGGCCUCGGGGCCUGGGAGCUGAGGCGCCCGCCAUGGCCAAGGCGGGCGGCGGCGGCGCGGGAGCCGGUGCGGGCGGCGCCGGCAACGGGGCACUGACCUGGGUGACUCUUUUUGAUCAGAACAAUGCUGCAAAGAAAGAAGAUUCAGAAACAUCAAACAAAAAUGAUUCUUCAAAGAAGUUGUCUGUUGAGAGAGUAUAUCAGAAAAAGACACAGCUUGAACACAUUCUCCUUCGUCCUGAUACAUACAUUGGAUCAGUAGAGCCAUUGACACAGGUAAUGUGGGUAUAUGAUGAAGAUGUAGGAAUGAAUUGCAGAGAGGUUACCUUUGUGCCAGGAUUGUACAAGAUCUUUGAUGAAAUUUUAGUUAAUGCAGCUGACAAUAAACAGAGGGAUAAGAACAUGACCUGUAUCAAAGUUUCUAUUGAUCCUGAAUCUAACAUUAUAAGCAUUUGGAAUAACGGGAAAGGCAUUCCAGUAGUAGAACACAAAGUAGAGAAAGUUUAUGUUCCUGCUUUAAUUUUUGGACAACUUUUAACAUCCAGUAACUAUGAUGAUGAUGAGAAAAAAGUAACAGGUGGUCGCAAUGGCUAUGGUGCAAAACUUUGUAAUAUUUUCAGUACAAAGUUUACAGUAGAAACUGCUUGUAAAGAAUACAAACAUAGUUUUAAGCAGACAUGGAUGAAUAAUAUGAUGAAGACUUCUGAAGCUAAAAUUAAACAUUUUGAUGGGGAAGAUUACACAUGCAUAACAUUCCAGCCAGAUUUGUCCAAAUUUAAGAUGGAAAAACUUGACAAGGAUAUUGUGGCCCUUAUGACCAGAAGAGCUUAUGAUUUGGCUGGUUCGUGCAAAGGAGUCAAGGUCAUGUUUAAUGGAAAGAAAUUGCCUGUAAAUGGAUUUCGCAGUUAUGUAGAUCUUUAUGUGAAAGACAAAUUGGACGAAACUGGAGUGGCCCUGAAAGUUAUUCAUGAACUUGCAAAUGAAAGGUGGGAUGUUUGUCUCACAUUGAGUGAAAAAGGAUUCCAGCAAAUCAGUUUUGUAAAUAGUAUUGCAACAACAAAAGGUGGACGUCAUGUGGAUUAUGUAGUAGAUCAAGUUGUUGGUAAACUGAUUGAAGUAGUUAAGAAAAAGAACAAAGCUGGUGUAUCAGUAAAACCGUUUCAAGUGAAAAACCAUAUAUGGGUUUUUAUUAAUUGCCUUAUUGAAAAUCCAACUUUUGAUUCUCAAACUAAGGAAAACAUGACUCUGCAGCCCAAAAGUUUUGGGUCCAAAUGCCAGCUGUCAGAAAAGUUUUUUAAAGCAGCCUCGAACUGUGGCAUUGUAGAAAGUAUCCUGAAUUGGGUGAAAUUUAAGGCUCAGACUCAGCUGAACAAGAAGUGUUCAUCAGUAAAGUAUAGUAAAAUCAAAGGUAUUCCCAAACUGGAUGAUGCUAAUGAUGCAGGUGGCAAACAUUCCCUGGAGUGUACACUAAUACUAACAGAGGGAGACUCUGCCAAAUCUCUGGCUGUGUCUGGAUUAGGUGUGAUUGGGCGAGACAGAUACGGAGUCUUUCCACUCAGGGGAAAAAUUCUUAAUGUACGAGAAGCUUCUCACAAGCAGAUUAUGGAAAAUGCAGAAAUAAACAAUAUUAUUAAAAUAGUUGGUCUACAGUACAAGAAAAGUUAUGAUGAUGCAGAAUCUCUGAAAACAUUACGCUAUGGAAAGAUUAUGAUUAUGACUGAUCAGGAUCAAGAUGGUUCUCACAUAAAAGGUCUGCUUAUUAAUUUCAUCCAUCACAAUUGGCCAUCACUUUUGAAGCAUGGUUUUCUUGAAGAGUUUAUUACUCCUAUUGUAAAGGCAAGCAAAAAUAAGCAGGAACUUUCCUUCUACAGUAUUCCUGAAUUUGAUGAGUGGAAAAAACAUAUAGAAAACCAGAAAGCCUGGAAAAUAAAAUAUUACAAAGGGUUGGGUACCAGUACAGCUAAAGAAGCAAAGGAAUAUUUUGCUGAUAUGGAAAGGCAUCGUAUUUUGUUUAGAUAUGCUGGUCCAGAAGAUGAUGCUGCCAUUACCUUGGCAUUCAGUAAGAAGAAGAUUGAUGACAGAAAAGAGUGGUUAACAAAUUUUAUGGAAGAUCGGAGACAGCGUAGGUUACAUGGCUUACCAGAGCAAUUUUUAUAUGGUACAGCAACAAAGCAUUUGACCUACAAUGAUUUCAUCAAUAAGGAAUUGAUCCUUUUCUCAAACUCAGACAAUGAAAGAUCUAUACCAUCUCUAGUUGAUGGUUUUAAGCCAGGCCAACGAAAAGUUUUAUUUACCUGUUUCAAGAGGAAUGAUAAACGUGAAGUAAAAGUUGCUCAAUUGGCUGGAUCUGUUGCUGAAAUGUCUGCUUAUCAUCAUGGAGAACAAGCAUUGAUGAUGACUAUUGUGAAUUUGGCUCAAAACUUUGUGGGAAGUAACAACAUUAACCUGCUUCAGCCUAUCGGUCAGUUUGGAACUCGACUUCAUGGUGGCAAAGAUGCUGCAAGCCCUCGUUAUAUUUUCACAAUGUUAAGCUCUCUAGCAAGACUGCUUUUUCCUGCUGUUGAUGACAACCUGCUUAAAUUCCUUUAUGAUGAUAAUCAACGGGUAGAGCCUGAGUGGUAUAUUCCCAUAAUUCCUAUGGUUUUAAUAAAUGGUGCUGAGGGCAUUGGUACUGGAUGGGCUUGUAAACUACCCAACUAUGAUGCUAGAGAAAUUGUGAACAAUGUCAGACGAAUGCUGGAUGGCUUGGAUCCUCAUCCCAUGCUUCCAAACUACAAAAACUUUAAAGGAACAAUCCAAGAACUUGGUCAAAACCAAUAUGCAGUCAGUGGUGAAAUAUUUGUGGUGGAUAGAAACACAGUAGAGAUUACAGAGCUUCCAGUUAGAACUUGGACACAGGUAUACAAAGAACAAGUUUUAGAACCAAUGCUGAAUGGAACAGAUAAAACACCAGCAUUAAUUUCUGAUUAUAAAGAAUAUCAUACUGAUACAACUGUGAAAUUUGUGGUGAAAAUGACUGAAGAGAAACUAGCACAAGCAGAAGCUGCUGGAUUGCACAAAGUUUUUAAACUUCAAACUACUCUUACUUGUAAUUCCAUGGUGCUCUUUGAUCACAUGGGAUGCCUGAAAAAGUAUGAAACUGUGCAAGACAUUUUGAAAGAAUUCUUUGAUUUACGAUUAAGUUACUAUGGUUUACGUAAGGAGUGGCUUGUAGGAAUGCUGGGAGCAGAAUCUACAAAACUUAACAAUCAAGCCCGUUUUAUUUUAGAGAAGAUACAAGGGAAAAUUACCAUAGAGAAUAGGUCAAAGAAAGAUUUGAUUCAAAUGUUAGUCCAGAGAGGUUAUGAAUCUGACCCAGUGAAAGCCUGGAAAGAAGCACAAGAAAAGGCAGCGGAAGAGGAAGAAACACAAACCCAGCAUGAUGAUAGUUCCUCUGAUUCAGGAACUCCUUCAGGCCCUGAUUUUAAUUAUAUUUUAAAUAUGUCUCUGUGGUCACUAACUAAAGAAAAAGUUGACGAGCUGAUUAAACAGAGAGAUACAAAAGGGCGAGAGGUCAAUGAUCUUAAAAGAAAAUCUCCUUCAGAUCUUUGGAAAGAAGAUUUAGCAGCAUUUGUUGAAGAACUGGAAAAAGUGGAAGCACAAGAACGAGAAGAUGUUCUGGCUGGAAUGGCAGGAAAAGCAAUAAAAGGUAAAGUUGGCAAACCGAAGAUGAAGAAACUUCAACUGGAAGAGACCAUGCCCUCACCAUAUGGGAGAAGAAUAGUUCCUGAAAUUUCUGCUAUGAAGGCAGAUGCCAGCAAAAAGUUGCUGAAGAAGAAGAAGGGGGAUGUUGAUACUACAGCAGUAAAAGUAGAAUUUGAUGAAGAGUUCAGUGGGACACCAGUAGAAGGGACAGAAGAGGCGUUGAUCCCAUCAGCUCCUGUAAAUAAAGGUCCCAAACCCAAAAGAGAGAAAAAGGAGCCUGGUACCAGGGUGAGAAAAACACCUACCUCAUCUGGUAAAGCCGGCACAAAGAAAGUGAAGAAACGGAAUCCUUGGUCAGACGAUGAAUCCAAGUCAGAAAGUGACUUGGAAGAAACAGAACCUGUGGUUAUUCCAAGAGAUUCUUUGCUUAGAAGAGCAGCUGCCGAAAGGCCUAAGUACACAUUUGACUUCUCGGAAGAAGAGGACGAGGAUGCUGAUGAUGACGAUGACAAUAAUGAUUUAGAGGAAUUGAAAGUGAAAGCAUCUCCUGUAACAAAUGAUGGGGAAGAUGAAUUUGUUCCUUCAGAUGGCUUAGACAAAGAUGAAUAUACAUUUUCACCAGGCAAAUCAAAAACUACCCCAGAAAAAUCUUCACAUGACAAAAAAAGUCAAGAUUUUGGGAAUCUCUUCUCAUUUCCUUCAUACUCUCAGAAGUCAGAAGAUGAUUCUGCUAAAUUUGACAGUAAUGAAGAAGAUUCUGCUUCUGUUUUUUCACCAUCAUUUGGUCUGAAACAAACAGAUAAAGGUCCAAGUAAAACGGCAGCUGCUAAAAAAGGAAAACCAUCUUCAGAUGCAAUCCCUAAGCCCAAGAGAGCCCCCAAACAGAAGAAAGUAGAGACUGUAAACUCUGACUCAGACUCAGAAUUUGGCAUCCCAAAGAAGACUACAACACCCAAAGGUAAAGGUCGAGGGGCUAAGAAAAGGAAAGCGUCUGGCUCUGAAAAUGAAGGUGAUUAUAACCCUGGCAGGAAGACAGCCAAAACAACAAGCAAGAAACCGAAGAAAACAUCUUUUGAUCAGGAUUCAGAUGUGGAUAUCUUCCCAUCAGACUUCACUUCUGAACCACCUUCUCUGCCACGGACCGGUCGGGCUAGGAAAGAAGUAAAAUAUUUUGCAGAGUCUGAUGAAGAAGAAGAUGUUGAUUUUGCAAUGUUUAAUUAAGUGCCCAAAGAGCACAGAAACAUUUUAACAAAUACCUUGUGUUGUCCUUUUGUCUUUUCUGUCUCAGACUUUUGUACAUCUGGCUUAUUUUAAUGUGAUGAUGUAAUUGAUGGUUUUUUAUUAUUGUGGUAGGCCUUUUAACAUUUUGUUCUUACACACAGUUUUAUGCUCUUUUUUACUCAUUGAAAUGUCAUGUACUGUCUGAUUGGCUUGUAGAAUUGUUAUAGACUGCCGUGCAUUAGCACAGAUUUUAAUUGUCAUGGUUGCAGACUACAAACCUGCUUUUUGAAAUGAAAUUUAAACAUUAAAAAUGGAACUGUGUUUUCUGUCUCUUUCCUGAACAUGAAACUGCAGUAAAAGGCUCCCCACACACCUUUAAAAUAAAUAUAUUUUAUUCUUUGC